AUGGGGAAGCAGCUAUUUCUUAUUCUCAACUCUAUUCUCUUGUGGUGGUGGAGCUCAAUCACAAUCUCCAAAGCAUACUCACAAAACCAAAUGGAUCGGUUCGAGUUAGCCUUCUUAAAAAACGCAAUACACAAAGACCCAUUUGGGGUCUUGAGCUCUUGGAAUGAUUCUACUCAUCAUUGUGAGUGGCAAGGUGUUUUGUGCAGCAAAAGACAUCCUGGGAGGGUCACAUCUCUGGUCCUGAGAUCACAAGGCUUGGACGGCUUUCUAUCUCCUCACAUAGGUAACCUCUCUUUUCUGAGGGUCAUAUUUCUGCAGAACAACAGCUUACAUGGCGAAAUCCCACCACAGAUCGGCAACUUGCUUCGGCUACGUGUUCUUGUUCUUAGUAACAACUUAUUUGGCGGGCCGAUACCCUCCAAUCUUUCUCGCUGCUUGAACCUUGAGAUGCUGAAUCUCAUAGACAACCAACUUGUGGGGGGAAUUCAUUCCGAUCUUGGUUCUUUAACAAGACUCAAAGGCUUGGGCUUGUAUAGGAACAAUCUUGUAGGUCCUAUUCCUCGUUCGAUUGGAAACCUCUCGCUGCUACAACGGCUCUCACUGGGAGAAAAUGCGUUAAGCGGAGAAAUACCUGAGGAAUUGUCCAGACUCAAGAGAUUGAUACUUUUCCAACUAUCUUCCAACAAACUAACCGGUGAGAUUCCAGCAGGGAUUUUAAACAUGUCUGACAUUAUUACAUUCAGUGUUGGUGAUAACCAGUUGUGGGGAAGCUUUCUCAAUGAUGUCGGCACCACUUCUCCUUCUCUCGCUUUCCUUGGCGCCGGCAAUAACUUGUUCACCGGGAUGAUUCCAUCAACGUUAACGAAUGCCACAGGUCUUGAGCAACUUUUCCUUAUCAACAACGGUUUUCAUGGGCCAAUACCGAAAAAUCUAGGAAGGCUAAAGGACCUUUAUCUAAUUGAAUUGGAUCAUAACCACUUGCAGGAUGACUUGAGUUUUAUUUCUUCUUUAGUUAAUUGUUCCAACUUAAACACUCUCGGGAUGCCAGGGAACUUGAUUCACGGAUCGUUGCCGAGAUCCUUCUCAAAUCUCUCCACCAGCAUUGAGUGGAUUUCUAUGUCAAGCAAUCGGAUCCAAGGAUCUAUUCCUUUAGCCCUCGGAAAUCUUUUCAACUUGUCUUUCUUGGAUUUAAGGAAUAAUUUUUUAACUGAUUGCAUUCCUCAUUCCAUCGGAGCACUUUCCAACUUGCAAAAACUUGGUUUAGGCGGGAACAUGUUGACUGGAGAGAUACCGUCUUCAAUUGGUAACAUUACGUUGUUAAAUGUCCUUAACCUUUCCUCCAACAUUUUAUAA